CCUGCCUCCAGAGUGGUUUGCAUUUUUUUGUAGGUGCCUUAUACAGUAGUAGGCUAUAUCCUGUGCAGAAUAACUGGCGCUUGUGCAGAUCAGGGAGUGCGUGCGCGUCCCACAACUUUAUUUGAACUUGGUGUUUGCUGCCCUGCUGUUGAUGUUGCCAUGGCGGACAGUAUGAACUGCAAAUACUGCCGGGAGGACCUGAGUGGGAAGAAGUACGUUCAACAGGAGGAGAAGCCUGUCUGUGUCCGAUGCCAUGACAAGUUCUGUGCCAACAACUGCACUGAGUGCCGCCGUCCUAUUGGCAUCGACUCCAAGGAGUUGCAACAUAAAGGCCGUUAUUGGCACGCAGACUGCUUUCGCUGCUACAAGUGCUACAAGCCAUUAGCCAAGGAGUCCUUCAGUGCUAAGGAUGACCGCAUCAUGUGUGGGAAGUGCAGCUCCCGGGAGGAUGCCCCUCGUUGUCACGCCUGCUACAAAGCCAUUCUAGCCGGCUCUGAGAAUGUGGAGUAUAAAGGCAAUGUGUGGCAUGAGGACUGCUUCACCUGUUACCAGUGUAAAAAACCCAUCCGCUCCCAAAGCUUCCUGACCAAAGGCACUGACAUCUACUGUGGCCCUUGCCAUGAGAAGAAGUUUGCUAAGACCUGUGUCAGCUGUAAGCAGACCAUCACCUCCGGAGGAGUGAACUACCAGGAGAAGCCAUGGCACUCAGAAUGUUUUGUCUGCAGCUCCUGCCGAAAGCCUCUGUCUGGGACCCGCUUCACCUCCCACGAGGAGAAGGCUUUCUGUGUGGACUGCUACAAGACUACUGUAGCCAAGAAAUGCAGCGGCUGCCAGAACCCCAUAACAGGUUUCGGCAAAGCCACCAAUGUGGUGAACUACGAGGGCAGCUCGUGGCAUGAGUACUGCUUCAACUGCAAGAAGUGUUCCCUGAGCCUGGCUAACAAGCGCUUCGUGGCCAACGGAGGGAACAUCUUCUGCUCCGACUGUGCCAAGGACUGAGGUGAACUUGGAACAGAAACAGUGGGUCUGCUAUGCCAGCUUUUCAGGGAUGUGAAGCUGAAAGCAAUUGUUUUACUUUUCAUUUUACAGCGAUAGCGAGGGAUAGAAAUAUUUGGAUGAAAUCUGUGGAUUCGGUGGGGUAAUCGAGUAUCUUCCUAAAGAUUGGGGUCAUGUUCUACGGGAGACAUUUCAACCCUGGGGAACUUCAAAACCGUAGCUGUUAAUUCAAAGGUCUUAAAGGGAAAAACAGUGUCCCAGAGAGAUUGCUUAGCUAAUAGUUAUUGUGAUGGGUAAUUAUAAGCACUUUAAAUUAGUCACUUACCGUGCACAAAACCAAUGAAAAUAUCUGAAAAUCCAAUAUAAUGAACUGCAUGUCUGGUGUCUUGCAUAUGUGGGUCUGUAAUCAGCAAUAAACAAAUAUAUUUCCACAAA